CCACCACUUCUCUAUAUAUUUGUGUUCUGUGCCUAUAGGGCUAUAGGUUAUCCGUGGACAUUGAAUUUACUCAGUCAACUGAAAGUGCUCGAAUUAAAAGUUUUUUGAGUUUCCUUAAAGUUUUCGGGGUGGUAAAACCGUAUAUAAUUAACUGGUGUACUCCCUACUGUUUCUAACAUUAAAAAACUCAUUUUUAAACGUUGUUACGCGUCCAAUAGUGUCGGUACGCAAUGGCCAAACAAGUCAGAAGUAACAGAAAUCAGAGAAAUCAAAAGAACAAAACGGUCAGGAGCCCGAAUAAGGCGAAAGGCGGCGGCCCUAACAGAAAAGGAGGCCCCAAUCGUUCCAAUAACAAAAAAACGACCUUUAAGAAGGGAUCUCUCCUGAGAGGUUCACCAGCUAAAACGGGAAAACUUCUGGACGCUCGUCAGAAACUCAGUAGAAAGCAUAAAGUUACCGAUGCCCGUGAUAUUUUGUCUAAAAGAGGCCCACCGCAGGAUGCCAGAAAUAUCCUGGAUCGAAUGAGAGGUGCCAGGGGGUCAACCGCAGUGAGCAAACCGAUGCCUGCAUUAAACGCUAAAGUUAAAGUGAUUGGCAGUAAUAUUUUACAAAAAGUGGACAGAAAUGGAAAAAUCAGUUUGGUUACAAACAAGUCGAGGAAUUCUUCGGAUAUUAAUGUGACCAUUCAGAAGCAAUUGGGGCUUAUAGCGAACUCGAGGCCAGCUUUAAAAAGGACCCCACCCAAGAGAAAUGUACCUAAAGAUAUUCCACCGAUGAAAAAGACCAUUAUUAAUGAGCUGAAUCAUUAUCCAGGUACCAUGCCAGACCCUUACGAAAGGCCUUAUGACUCAGGUUUAUACAAAUGGAUCAAACCGGACCUGAGAACCGCAUCUCACUUAAUAAGCUCACUCGAACCAGCCAGACAAGCCAUGAGGGAUGUUAUGCGAGAGGAACUGUUUUUGGCCAGAAAUGACUUGUCUAAAAUCCUUGCACCACCUGUCUCUCGACCUAUAAGGCCGCAGCCACGUGAAUACGUGGACUUAGAUGCUGUAGAUGAGGACGAGGAGAUGCCUAUGAUGCCACCCAGUAGGAUAUCCCUCAAAGGUUCUACCAGGACGAGUAACGUGCAUUCAAGACUCGAUUCGUCUCCAGCAGACCAAUUAAGUCACGGGAUUUUAGCACAACCUAAAACCAAAGUUGUCGUUCCGGCCGGUCACAGGAUCGUCGUUUCCAAUUUGCAGGGCAGCGUCACCGAGGAGGAUAUAAAAGAGCUAUUUGAAGAUAUCGGGCAACUUUUGUCGGCCAAACUAGUCAGACCGGGAGUAGCCGAAGUGAUUUACAAGAACCUAAAGGAUGCACAAAAAGCGGUGGAUACUUACCAUAACAGACAGUUGGACGGCCAACCGAUGAAAUGCCUUUUAGUUAAUAAAAGACCGAUGAACCAACCCACUUCUAUGCCUUUACCGAAAUCCGAAGGGAUUUUAAGUCGGAGCUCAGGAUCAGACGCCUCAAACAAGUUGGUACCGGACAUAAGCACCAUCCACAAGGUACUUUUUCAAAGAAAUAAGUGAUUUGUUUGUUUUGUAGACGUUAAUGUUAUCAUUAAUAAUUGAUGCUGUUUGGUAUGUAAUAAAAAGGCUUUUCUAGGACAAGUGUGAGUGGGAUGAAUGUAUCAAUAUCAAAAAAAAAUUGUAGCCACUAUUAAGGCAUUAACAGUUUUGAAUAAUUAGAGUUUAGGCAUUUUAAUUUUAUUUUUUAAGGAAUAUAGUUUGAUCUGUAUCA